AUGAGUACAAUCACAACCACAACCACAACCACAACUCCAUCAAAAUUUUUUCAUAUAACAGCAUUUAAUAGUUCGCCUAUAUCAACAACUACAUCUGGUGCGACCACAAAAUUUGUUAGAUUUGCUACUAUAGCUGACGAUGUAAAUCAUGACGCCGAUGAUUCCGGAAGCAUAACCAGUUCAACUUGCAGCUCAAUUGAUGGUGAUGAUUUUGAUGUAGAAGGCGAUGAAUUCUUCUUUCCAAAUAGCGAUUUCGUUGUGCCAUCAAAAAUAUCAUAG